AUGGAGAGCCCCCAUGAGCAUCAGCAGUCGGUGCUGCUGUCGCGCAUCAUCACCAAUGUGGAGAAGCUUAAUGAAGCUAUCAUGGUCAUGAACAAGAGCCUCCAGGAGGUCAAUAUCCAGAACAUGAACGUCGAGCUGGUUGCCCAAAUGUUCAAGAACUACCAGUCGAAUGUUCUCUUCCAUCUUGAAGCCACCGAGAACCUCAAAAAUCCGACUUGA